UCCUGCCUUGGGUGGAACAGGAAGGGGGUUGUUGCCUUUUGCAAGAUCUGCAGCUUUGCUAGCUGGAAAAGGGAGACCGUCCCGUCGUUUCCUCGGAUCGGUUGGACUGCAGCCGCCCAAUAUGCCGGCCUAUCAUUCGACGCUGAUGGAUCCCGACACCAAACUGAUUGGAAACAUGGCCCUGUUGCCCAUUAAAAGUCAAUUCAAGGGGCCGGCACCCAGAGAAACCAAAGACACAGACAUUAUCGAUGAAGCGAUCUACUACUUCAAAGCAAACGUCUUCUUUAAAAAUUAUGAAAUCAAGAAUGAGGCUGACAGAACCCUGAUCUACAUAACCCUCUACAUCUCAGAAUGCUUGAAAAAACUGCAGAAGUGUAAUUCCAAAGGCCAGGGAGAAAAAGAAAUGUACACCUUAGGGAUCACAAAUUUCCCCAUCCCGGGAGAACCAGGAUUUCCACUCAACGCUCUCUACGCCAGGCCCAGCAACAAGCAGAACGAUGAGGUGAUGAGAGCUUAUUUGCAGCAACUGAGGCAAGAAACUGGGCUGAGGCUUUGCGAAAAGGUCUUUGACCCCCAGAGCGACAAGCCUAGCAAGUGGUGGAUAUGUUUUGUGAAGAGGCAGUUCAUGAACAAGAGCCUGUCAGGCCCAGGGCAGUGAAGAGGGGCGUGACGAGCUGUUCUGCUAAAGCACUUUGCUGCCAGAUGUACAAAAUGUUUCCUCUGUUUUAAUAUAUGUUUUCUACUGAGAGAGAAUAAUCGCUUCUGUGGAAAGAAAGGCCACCGACAGCAUGAAACGUGGAAGGAAAAUCAUGUGCAAAGCUUCUUGUUGAGUUGGAGCUUAACGUUGGGUGAUGAUAAUAAAAAAAAUGGU